AGACCAGCCUGCGGGGACGGGCCGGCCGCGGCCACCGCGGUGUGAGCGCCCUUCAGGCUCGCCUCGGCGUCCCGCAGACCCCGUGCCAGUACAAGAGGGAGCUGCCUCCUGCGAGGCCGCCGUGCUCUCGAGAGAGAUACAGUGAGAGAGGGAACACAAGCUGGGGGAGUGGGAGAAGGAGAAGCAGGCUUCCCGCUGAGCAGGAAGCCCAAUGCAGGGCUCGAUGCGGGGCUCGAUGCGGGGCUCGAUCCCAGGACCCCAGGAUCAUGACCUGAGCUGAAGGCAGAUGCUUAACGACUGAGCCACCCAGGUUUAAAUGUAAUACUGGAUAUUUAUUUCUUUUAAGAGAAGAAAAUUGUCUUCAGGAGAAUGAUUGUUAACUGCACAUAUAGCACCCAGUAACAUGAUGCCCAGCGGCUGGAUGCUGAAGAAGAUUGCUCUGUUAAUACAACAAGCUGUAAAGCCAUAAUGUGGCAUACCAUCCUGUUUGAGAGGUGAACAUUGUUGAAUAAAAAUGGCUGACAGAAGUGGGAAGAUUAUUCCAGGACAAGUGUAUAUUGAAGUGGAAUAUGAUUAUGAAUAUGAAGCCAAGGACAGAAAGAUUGUGAUAAAACAAGGGGAACGAUACAUCUUGGUGAAAAAGACCAAUGAUGACUGGUGGCAAGUCAAACCAGAUGAGAACUCCAAGGCGUUCUAUGUGCCAGCCCAGUAUGUUAAGGAGGUCACCCGCAAAGCUCUCAUGCCCCCUGUUAAACAAGCAGUUGGACCACCGAAUAAUUCUAUGAAAAUGAUACAGAGUCUCCAUCUUCAGAGGUCAACAGAAAAUGUGAACAAGUUGCCUGAGCUUUCAAGUUUUGGAAAGCCAUCAUCAUCUGUUCAAGGACCGGGUCUUAUUCGUGAUGCAAAUCAGAAUUUUGGACCCAACUAUAAUCCAGGUCAGACUGUGAACCUAAGCCUGGACCUGACCCAUAAUAACGGAAAGUUUAACAGUGACUCACAUUCUCCUAAAGUUUCUGGCCAGAAUAGGACGCACUUAUUUGGUCACUUUCCCGGCCCGGAGUUCUUGGAUGUAGAGAAAACUAGCUUCUCCCAGGAACAGUCUUGUGAUUCAGCAGGAGAAGGCUCGGAAAGAGUACAUCAGGAUUCUGAGUCUGGCGAUGAACUUAGCAGCAGCUCCACUGAACAGAUAAGGGCAACAACACCUCCAAAUCAAGGACGUCCAGAUUCUCCUGUCUACGCUAAUCUACAAGAACUGAAAAUAUCCCAGUCUGCUCUUCCCCCACUUCCUGGGAGCCCAGCAAUUCAGAUUAAUGGAGAAUGGGAAACUCAUAAAGAUAGUUCAGGGCGUUGUUACUACUAUAACAGAGGAACCCAGGAAAGAACCUGGAAACCACCUCGUUGGACUCGGGAUACAGGCAUAAGCAAAGGAGAUUUCCAGAGUCCAGGAGACCAAGAGCUUUCAUCAGAAGAAAACUACCACAACAUUUGUUACAGCCAGUCAGAUAGUCAGUGUGGUUCUCCUCCAAGGGGUUGGUCAGAAGAGUUGGAUGAACGUGGGCAUACCUUAUAUACCAGUGACUAUACUAAUGAAAAGUGGCUCAAGCAUGUUGAUGAUCAAGGUAGACAAUAUUACUACAGUGCAGAUGGAUCUCGUUCGGAAUGGGAAUUGCCGAAGUAUAAUGCUUCAUCCCAGCAGCAAAGAGAAAUAAUUAAAAGUAGGAGCCUGGACAGGCGGCUGCAAGAACCAAUUGUAUUAACAAAGUGGAGACAUAGCACCAUUGUGUUGGACACCAAUGACAAGGAAUCUCCAACUGCCUCAAAACCCUGCUUUCCUGAAAAUGAAUCUUCUCCCUCUUCACCAAAGCACCAAGAUACAGGUCAAGAAAAAUAUGGAUUACUAAAUGUAACAAAAAUUACUGAAAAUGGGAAAAAGGUUCGAAAGAACUGGUUGUCUUCUUGGGCCGUGUUGCAAGGUUCAUCUUUACUCUUUACCAAAACUCAAGGAAGCAGCACAAGUUGGUUUGGGAGUAAUCAGUCCAAGCCAGAGUUCACAGUGGACCUAAAGGGGGCGACGGUGGAGAUGGCUUCGAAGGAUAAAUCCAGCAAAAAGAAUGUGUUUGAGCUGAAAACCCGUCAAGGAACAGAACUGCUAAUUCAGUCUGAUAAUGACACUGUUAUUAAUGAUUGGUUUAAAGUUCUUAGUAGUACUAUCAAUAAUCAGACAGUAGAAACUGAUGAAGCUAUUGAAGAAGAGAUACCAGAUUCCCCAGGAAUAGAAAAGCAUGAUAAAGAGAAGGACCAUAAGGAUCUUAAGAAACUUCGUUCCACAAAAGUGUCUAGCAUAGAUUCUUCAGAACAGAAAAAAACCAAGAAAAACCUAAAGAAGUUUCUUACACGGCGCCCCACUUUGCAAGCUGUUCGUGAAAAAGGUUAUAUUAAAGAUCAGGUAUUUGGAGCCAAUCUUGCUAAUCUUUGUCAGAGAGAAAAUGGCACAGUGCCAAAAUUUGUGAAGUUAUGCAUUGAACAUGUUGAAGCAUAUGGUUUGGAUGUUGAUGGGAUAUACAGAGUAAGUGGCAACCUUGCAGUGAUCCAGAAACUGAGAUUUGCAGUCAAUCAUGAUGAGAAAUUGGAUUUGAAUGAUAGUAAAUGGGAAGAUAUUCAUGUUAUUACUGGAGCACUCAAAAUGUUUUUUCGAGAAUUACCAGAACCUCUUUUUACAUUUAACCAUUUUAAUGAUUUUGUUAAUGCAAUUAAACAAGAACCAAGACAGCGAGUCGCUGCUGUUAAGGACCUAAUCAGACAGUUGCCAAAGCCAAAUCAAGAUACAAUGCAGAUUCUUUUUAGACAUCUCAAAAGAGUUAUAGAAAAUGGAGAAAAAAACCGAAUGACCUAUCAGAGUAUAGCAAUUGUGUUUGGUCCCACUCUGUUGAAGCCAGAGAAGGAGACUGGUAAUAUAGCAGUUCAUACUGUCUACCAAAAUCAGAUUGUAGAAUUAAUUCUACUGGAAAUAAAUUCCAUCUUCGGGCGUUGAUUCUUAUUGAAGACAGGCUGUGGACUAUUGAAGCCGGAUUCCAUCAGAUUUCAAAUCCUUAUACCUGAUGUAUUUUAUUUUUGGACCAAGCAGUGACUCUUUGAUUUUGCACUUUUUUGAGGGAUCAGAAGGGAAUGGGGGAGUCAAGAUGUGUGUUAGGCCCUCAUAUUUGCUGCUUUGUUGCAAGUUGAUAUAGCUGUGUGUAAUUUUGAAUUAAUUUUAUCCUGAAUGUUUGCAUUUCAUACUCUGAAUUUCAGUAAAAAUCAAAACUUGUAACCAGUCGUAUACACUGGAUAAUUUGGUAAGAAAACUACAUUUUUUUUUCUCAAACUGGAUAAUGUAGAAUUUCUUCUCAUGAUUCAUUAGAUUCAUCACUUGAUAGAACAGUACUCACUAUCAGUUAUUUUGAAGACGCUCUUGGGCAUUCUAAACAAAAUGAAGUAUAUCCUUUUUGAAACCUGUGUAUUUAUUUUUCAGGGUUUCUGCAUGCAGUGGCAGUCUUAAGUUCUACAGUUCAUUCUAACCCAGAGGUAAUCCCUCGGCGAAGGCUUGCCGCCUUCCCUGUGUUGCACACCAUCCUUAUUGGAUGGAUGUCUUAGUCGCUUGUUGGGCAGCACGCUAAUAUUACUUAACACACUGUGAUAUACUGGAGUUUAGUUUAGCAUAAGUCAGUUCAGGGUAUUUUGGGGCUGUCUGUGCUACGCUGAUUUGUAGCUAAGAAUCCUGAUUAUAUCUAGUGCCAUACUGAGUUCUUGGUAUGACCCUGUGGAAACAGACAUUAUUUGAUGUAAAUAUAAGCUAAAGACUUAAUGUCCUUUAGCUUAUGUAUAUAAUUUUGUUGUAUAGUCUCAGAGUAUAUUCUAACCUGACAUUUCUAAUCAUGAUAUUGGUAAUCUUUUCCGUGAAUAUUAGGUUUCCUCCAGAAAUGGGCUGUUAUUUGAGAAACUUAACUGUGUGCACUUUUAGAUUUUAAUUACAUUUACAGGCAAAUCACUGUAAUGCAAAUGGUACUGGAAAAAUACUGAAUAGACUUGCUAAAUGGUAAAUGCACUACAAGAGGAAUCUUUUAGAUAAUUUAAUAUGUACAGAAUACAUUAGAAAAAAAUUUAUUACAGAAUUCUAACUGCAGUAUGAAUAGUGGAAACCCAUAUGUAAAUUAGAUGGAUGUCAGAUGGAAAAUGACAUUGCUAAAUUUGAGAAUUUCUUUUUACAUUACUAAUGUAGAUUGAUUUGUAUAAUAAAACAGGGUUUGGAAGGUUUUGUUACAGAGAGCAUGGUCUGUUGAAGAUAUUUUAAGAUGUAUUUUUCUAGAUUAACUGAUGUAUAUGAAAUGUCUAAUCCAAAUAAAGAAAACUGUAAGAGGUUUAGAGAUUUUCCAUUGGAAAUGUGCAUUUUGGUUUUCAAUUUUUUUCUUGUUUUUGCAUUUACUGGCAUGCUCUUAUACCUCAUUUUUAAAAAAUCAACUGAAUCCAAUAUUUCCUGUGGUAAAUAUAUUUUCCUCAUUUUUUCCACACCUUUUCUACUCCCUGCCAUGCCAACACCUCCUCCACUCUCCCCUCUCCAAUUUUCACUUCUUCAUCAAUAUUUGAAAGUGAAUGAUUUGUGACCAAGACUCCUUUUCUUAGAAUUGCAUUUGUAAUUUACAGAUUGCCUUCCUUGGGAACAAAUAGUUUUUGUACAAUUCAAAAAUCUCUCACCUGAGUUUUGUGGUAAAAAUAUUGUUUGUUGUUGUGGUCUUGUUAAAUUGGUAACAAACCAAGCUACUUGAUAGCUAUGGAAAGCAGAUUGUUUUGGGCAAGGAUAAAAAGCCCCAAAAUGAGAAUGUUUGUAUUUGUCUAACAAUGUCCUGAACAAUACAGUAUGCUUUAGAACUGGCCUAUAUAGUGAUUGUAUGCCAGCAAAACCAUUAGACUCAAACCAGUGAUGCUCUUUCUCUUCGUAGCUGUGGACAUAACAAAGAUUAAAAUUGUCCUGUGUUUCUUGUUUCAAAGUACAUGUGUAUGUGGAGUCUUAAAUGUUUUAUUAGUCUACAGCUAAUUAGUUUAUUGUAAUAUUGUAUGUACAGUGAGAUCAAUGUCUUGUGUUUUCAUCUUUUGUGAAUUAAAAAUUCUCACUUUUUUUUUUUUUUGUAAUAACAAAACCAGUAAUAUUUUCCUGUCUUGACAACUUGGUUUUUAGUAGAAAAUAUAUUAAAGGCUGAAAUAAAUUGUCAGUGGAAUUUCA